AUGAGCAGCCUCCCCAUUCUGCACUUUCUCUUGCUCCUGCUCAGACUCCAAGUCCCUCAGGCACAGGGCUUCCCGACACUCCGGCCUGACCAGUACUCUGUGAUAGUCACUGAGAUUCUGAGAGCCCUCAACGAGUCACCUUUGGCUUCACAAAACCCCUUGAACUGGAAUGACAAAUUGAUCCUGCGGGAAUUCCGGCCUAUCCUGCCCACCCCCACGACUGAGGUGAGCUGCCCCAAGAUGCCCCUGCAGGCAGACCAAAUCCGUAUCGAGGAGAGUAACAAGGGUGAUUUCCAGCGUAAAUUGAAGCAGUAUCUGGUAACCAUUAAUAGUUUCCUGCGUGACAGGAACAGGCAUUGA